AUGGUCCGUACGUCGUCGCGCCAAGCGGCUCAAAAGGCCAACGAAGCUUUGACUAGUCACAAGACAGGUGGAAAAGCGUCAGCGGGUACAAAGAGAAAGGCCUCUCAGACUGCUACUUCCGAGCCUAAGAAAGAAAAGAUCGAGGAGCGACGGCGAAAAUCACCGGAGGAAUCAGAGAAGGAAGCUGGUGCAGAGCAGCAGAACAGGGUGGAUGAGACAAAGACAGACAAGGAGUCCGAUCCUAGUGAGCUGGAGAAAAAGCCAGCACCCGAUAUGAAGACUCAGCCUCAGCAGCCGGGCAAAGACUUAGUGAAGGAGGAACGAGCAGAGGAGGGUCCGCAGGAAGCAGCCCCCAGACAGGAGAGUGCAGACAAAGCUGCCUCUGCAAAUUCGACCUCUGUGGCCCUCGAAAAUGCUGAAACGGACUCCAAGACUGAGCUGGGCGUCCAUAAGUCUGAAGAGCGGGAGAAAAAUGUUUCUUCUAAUAUCCUCGAAAAGGGCAUCAUCUAUUUCUUUUAUCGUGCACGUGUGAAUGUCGACGAUCCUCACGGGAUGAAGGACAUUGCGCGCACGUUUUUCGUGCUCAGACCGACCCCAAUUGGAGCUGAGCUGGACUCCGUGCAGGGAUCAGUGGACCGAGAAGCCCGAUGUCGCCUAUUAGUCCUUCCGAAAAAAAAGUUCCCUACGUCUGGUAGCGAGCGCGACAUGGCUUUCGUGGAGAAAUCGAAUCAGUCAGUCAAGGACCUCCAAGAACACUUCAUUGCCGGUUCGACCUACCAGACGGCCACCCGGGGUGAGCGCCAUGUUGAAGAGGCUCAACCGCUCGCAGAGGGUGUCUAUGCUAUCACAUCCGCAGGUCGGGCCUCCCACUUAGCCUAUCUGUUGACGAUUCCCUCGGACCCCGGAGACCUUCAAGAAAACUUCGGCCUGCACAAGCGCGGUAGCUUUAUCGUUCAGUCCAAGAAUCCUAAAUAUCCUGGACCCGUCUCCGCUCAACUUCCCGACCAGCCAAAAUAUCCUGAUUCCAUUAUGGAGCAGUUCCGUGACCUACGAUGGGCACCUCUCCGACCAGAAUUUCUGGAUUAUCCGAACGCCCAGAUCCUGAUGAUUGGCCAGGCGCAUGAUUCAUUGGGCAAAGCAGCCACCGCCGAGGUCGAGAAGAAACCGCACGAGAGCCAGCCGGGAGAGGAAUUGGAGGAGUUGGAGCAUGAAAAUGAGCUUCGAGUGCACGCGCUCAGUGGCGAUGACACCAUUUUCCAAGAUCUUGGCCUCGAUGCAAAGAAGCAUGACGGAGUACCUACAACAUGGGGAGUGGCAGUGAAACAUGAAACAGAGUAA